AUGGAUAUAUCUGAAAUACGUAUACUUCUCUUAGAUGUUGUUCCUUCAUCUUCAACUCAUUCAAAUGAUUCAAUUCGUCCGACAACAGACGACAUAUCGAUCCCACCUGAAGUAACAAGAGCACGUGUUCCAACAGUUAUUAUGGAUUAUUGUGGUCGUCAGCCAAUGACACCUGAUGAAAUCGAUGAUUUGUUGUUACCCAUGGAAUGUCCAUCACCAAAUCCACUUCUUCAACAAUCACGUUCACUUUAUUCAUGUAUUCGUCAAGCACAUGUUAUUUGUCUUGUUUAUGCUUUCGAUAGUCGAGAAUCUCGGGAUCGAUUAUUGACUGUUUGGCUUCCAUUGAUUGAUCGUAGUGCAACGACAAUUCCAAUAAUUCUUGUUGCGAAUAAAUGUGAUUUAAUCGACGAAAAUCCUCAUGAUAUCAACGAGGAAAAUCGAGAAUUUUUUCGUCUAAGUAUGUCAAAAUACUCGCGUAUUGAAGCGUGUAUUGAAACAUCAACAAGAACGAUGAAAAACAUCUCGGAAUUGUUCUAUUCUGCGCAAAAAUGUGUUCUCUAUCCCAUCAACUAUCUCCAAGAACAAAAUAAAUUAACAAAACGUUUUAAACAAUGUCUAAAACGAAUAUUCACAAUUGCUGACCAAGAUAAUGAUCAAUUAUUAAACGAUCAAGAAUUAACUAUGUUACAAGAUUAUUGUUUUGGCAAAAUUCAAACGAAUGAUGAAAAACAAACGAUCGAACAGUUAAAGAAGGAAAUUAAACGACGAACUAUUCAUGGAAUUAAGAUUAUUAGUGAACAUCGAGGUGUAAUGACAAGUGCCUUGACCUAUCAAGGUUUUGAAUGUUUAUUUGAAUUGUAUUUAAACAAAGGAAAAUAUGAAACAAUCUAUACAACAUUGGAAAGAUUUAAUUAUAAUCGAAAAUUGGAAUUGUGUGUGCCAAAUGCUCCUGAAGACUUAGCCGGUGAAUUAUCUCCAUCAGCAAUCGAUUAUUUAACACAUCUGUUCCAUCGAUUUGACAAUGAUAAAGAUUCGUGUUUGACUUUAAAAGAAUUAAAUCAAUUAUUCGAAUCUCUGAUCGAUAUUAUACCUCCAAUGUCAUCUUCUUUAUCAAACAUCAAACAUUGUAUUUAUCUUCGUUUAUCUCAAUCAUCUACGAAAUCUCCAUUAAUCACUCUAUCGGGUUUUCUUGCUCAAUGGUUUUUCCUCGUUCAAACUCAACCAUCAUUAACAUUUUCAUAUUUAUUUCAAUUAGGUUACUCAUACGCGAUAUCAAACAUUGAUGAUACACGUUUACCAACUCGUAUGACAUACAUUUGUCAUGUCUACGGUAUGCCCGAAUCUGGUAAAAGUUCAUUUCUCAAACGCUUUGUUUCACCAACAAUCUAUCGAAUUCAUCACACUGAAGAUCUAGCGGAGAAAUUAAAUAAUAAAGCCAAAGCUUUUCUUUCAUCAGAUUAUCGUUCAACAUCUUCAUAUAAACCUGUCAAAAGCUAUGCAAUUGAUUUUGUUCGUGUAUUAAACGAAACAAAAUGCUUAAUUCUCGAAGAACGUCAUUCGAAUGAGAUAGACGAAAAAGUUCUUUUUAAAACAGCCAAUGUCAAUUGUUUUCUUAUUGAUCGUACUCAUCCACGUGCAUUCUCAAAUGUAGCGACCAGUUUUCUUCAACAACAUGAUUAUCCUCGUUUACCCUCAUUAUUUAUCUUAACCAAAGCUGAUCAACCAUCUGUUAAACAAGAUUAUCCUUUACCCAUCGAAUUCUUUUGUCGUCAACAUAAAAUUCCUUUACCAAUCGAUUAUUCAGCGAUCACAGCUGUAUCAAUUUACACGAAUCCUAAAGAUAAUAAUCAACAAUUAACAACUAAUACUGAACAUAUGUCACAAUCUUGGUUUACAAGUUUACUAUUUCGUUCGCAAAACAAUUCUACACGAAGUUUAGAACCGUAUUCACCUCGAGGCGAACAAUCGCGUCAUCAAGAUGAUAUUUAUGUUCGACUUGGAUAUCUGUGUGUUUAUCCAAAAUUGAAUUACUUUGCCAAUUCGAGCAAUGACUUUUAUAAUACAGAUGCUCUAUUAAAAUAUUCAUUAUACGCAAGUGUUGUUACUUUAGGACUUGUUACUGUAGCACGAAUGUUUCGAUAG